AUGCUUAGGGCUGAGGACGAGGAAAAGCAGAAGUCACCGCCCUCGCCACCACCCAGGUCCGAGUUAAUUGCCACUGAUGAAGCUCUCAGAAUCAUCAAGACGAUAGCAUCAUCUGCUGAAAUAUGGAUUUUAUCUGACAGUCGCAGUGCUGUACAACAUCUUAGCAAAUGGACAAACGUUGGAGACAAAACAUCUGUCUCAAUCCUUAACAAUCUCACAGAACUCUCACCCAGAAAUAUACCUCCAAUGAUCCCAUCCCACAUUGGUCUCUUUGGCAAUGACACAGCGGACCUCUUGGCCAAGCACGAGAAGGGCCAGGGCCUGAUAGAGGAGAACGAGGUGUAUGCCAACACCCUGGCAGGUGUCUGGAUAACCACCGGAAGCAUUCCAGUGCUCAGGAGGAAUCGGAUACACAGCGGGAAGCAGGUGGGAGUGUACUUCUACGACAAUGGCCAUGGAAGGCUGGAAGACAACGAUAUCUUCAAUCAUCUGUACUCGGGGGUUCAAAUCAGGACGGGCAGCAACCCCAUCAUCUGCCGCAACAAGAUCUGGGGUGGCCAGAACGGGGGCGUCCUGGUGUACAACGGGGGGCUGGGCAUCCUGGAGCAGAACGAGAUCUUCGACAACGCCAUGGCCGGGGUGUGGAUCAAGACAGACUCCAACCCCACCCUGCGCAGGAACAAGAUCUACGACGGGAGGGACGGAGGGGUCUGCAUAUUCAACGGAGGGAAAGGUGUCCUGGAGGAGAACGACAUCUUCCGCAACGCCCAGGCCGGGGUCCUGAUCAGCACCCAGAGCCACCCGGUGCUGCGGCGCAACCGCAUCUUCGACGGGCUGGCGGCGGGGGUGGAGAUCACCAACAACGCCAGCGCCACCCUGGAGUACAACCAGAUCUUCAACAACCGCUUCGGGGGGCUCUGCCUCGCCUCGGGGGUCAACCCCAUACUCAAAGGCAACAGAAUCUUCGAGAACCACAACGCGGUGGAAAAGGCCGUGAACAGCGGCCAAUGCCUGUACAAAAUUUCUAGUUAUACAAGUUUUCCAAUGCACGACUUCUACAGGUGUCGGACGUGCAACACAACCGACAGAAACGCCAUUUGUGUAAAUUGUAUAAAGACUUGCCAUGCUGGACAUGAUGUGGAAUUUAUCAGACACGAUAGGUUCUUCUGCGACUGUGGCGCAGGCACCCUGAGCAACCAGUGCCAACUCCAGGGGGAGCCCACCCAGGACACGGACACCCUGUACGACUCUGCGGCCCCCAUGGAAUCCCACACGCUCAUGGUCAACUAGUCAGGACAUCUAGUCAGUGCGCCCAGAGAACACUUUUAUACACGCACCUCUUUUUAUCACCGCCAUUGUACAUACUCACAUAUCAAUCAUGUCGAUACAAAUUGUAUUUAAGAAAAAAAAAAUGUAAUUAACAAAU